UCGUUUUCUCUACCUUCCUCCAACUCCGACGUAUUCCGAAGCGGCUGGUGAAUUAUUCUGUCGUACGAUUUGGUCAGCUUGGGUGGCAUUCGUCCUGGGUUAUAUUUCCAUAUACACCUGUCUGGCGUUGACUAUCGAACGUUGGUUAGCAGUUCUACGCCCAACUACGUACAACUCUGUAAAAUCAAAGCACGCCGUAUACGCUCUUAUCUUUGUUUGGUUUUGGGGUCCGGCUGUGAACGCUACCAUCCUGUUUCGAGCAAAGUAUAUCCGUGAGGAGAAACGCUGUGUGUGGACGACACUGCCCGUUGCAAACAAAGAGCUACCCUGGAUGGACUUCACACUGCAGUCUCUAAUACCAUUCACAUCAAUGGUGGUUUUAUAUUGCCACAUUUACUACACCAUGAAGAGGCUACCACGCCUUUCCUCCAACCGAGACGUGCAGCUCAAACGAAUUACGGUGGUGGCACUUCUGGCCUGCUCUGCUCUUAUCAUUGGAUGGCUGCCUGGUCGAAUCACCUUUAUGUUGACCAAGUUUGGUCACCUCGACGCUAAUGGUGAAAUUAAUAUAACCUGCGUGAUGAUCACCUUUCUAAAUUCGUGUGUUAACCCCUUUCUGUAUGGGAUAUACAGUCCCGCGUUUCGCACUGAGUAUAAGGAGGUUUUUCGUAAGACAUUUGCAGCUUGCCAUUGGGGUUCUGGUGACAAUAAGGCAUUUAAUAUUAAUGGCCAUGUAGAGAACAGCUUAUCAACAACGCCAAGAGGAAUUUCAGCUGGAGAAAGGUCACCUAACUUGACAAAUUCGUACGAGAAUUCAGUAUUAUAA